AUGCGAGGAUUACGCCGCUGUCUCUGGUUCUUCCUUGUGACCCUCUCUGCCGUCUGCGCCAACACCGAGAUUGUCAAUUUCGACGCAGUUGAGAGCGUUGCAAGGGUUCCGCUGCCAAUAUCAGACUGGACGAGGCUGCAUCCCAGCAACCCGGAGCGCAUACUCCACGUUCAACCUGCACCACUAUACACUGAACCGGCUCAUAUAUGCGCGUACGAUGUGCGAGGGGAUGAAAAUGCGGACCCUGGGUGCCCACAUGAGAUAUGGCUCGUGCUUGACGUGGAUGGGUCCGACCACAAGUGGUCCCGGUACGCCAGAUUCACCUUGCGGAUUUCGUGGCCGGCAUGGGCCCCCACAAACUUCUUCAUAAACAUCUACUCGUCAGACAGCGUCCACGACGUGAUGUCUCUUCAUGCAAAGACGUCGACACAAAUAAUCGCGAACCCUGAGCCUAUGCCCACCGACAUCCCAACCGGAGAGAGUCGGUCCGUAUCCCGCACCAUGUUCGCACAUAUUCGUCUUGUGGACACCGGCGUGCGGCCGCCUGCAGCGGCCGCACCUGCGGAGCCCGUGCCAUUCGUCGUGCUCCUCGAGCCGCUGUAUUUCGGCGUUGUCCCCGCCUCAGUGGUGCCAAUCAUUGCAUUCCUGGUGCCCGUCGUGUUGUGUGCGGCGUGGGUGGUCGCACCUUUUGUCAACGCACAGCUUGCACGGGUGGCAGACCAGGCAAGGAAGGAGAUCGUGCUUAUGAAGGCUGCCAAGCGCAAGCACCACUGA